AGGGAGGAGGGAGGGGAGCCCAGCCGACCCGGGGCGGCCCCGGCCCGCCCUGCGGGGCGCCCAUGGAGCAGCUCGCCUGGGCGCUGCCGGCCCCCCGCCCGGCGCAGCCCGACGUGGCGGGCGGCACCCUGCCCGAAGCGGACUGCCCGGGCCCCUGGUUGCGCGCCUGGGUGGAGUUCCAGGUGGACUCGCGCAUCAACCAGGCGCUGCGGGAGCUCGCCGCCGCAGGCGGCGCGCCGUCCAGGGCGCCGGGCGACGACGCCGGCGGUCGCCAGGCCGCGGGCGCCGAGGUCCGGCGGGUUGCGGAGGCGCACGCGUCGCUGCUGGCCGUGGUGGAGGGCCUGGUGGGCGAGGUUUCGAAGGUGCCACCGCUGGAGCGCGAGCAGGCCGCCGCGGAGAAGGCGCGGCGAUCCCUGGAGGAGGGGCUGAAGAGGCUCGAGGGCUCGCUGUCGGCGGUGGCGCGGGCAGACGCCGAGGCGCGGCUGGAGCACGUCGAGGGGGCGCUGCAGGGGCACGCCGAGUCGCUGGGCCGCCUCCAGGCGGAGCUGGCCGCCCGUGGUGAGGACGCCGGCAGGCUGCAGAGCCUGGAGGAGCGGUGGGGCGCGGCGCGCGCGGCCAGCGAGGGCACGGAGGCGAGACUGCAGCAGCUCGAGCAGAGGUGCCAGGAGCUGACGGGCCGCAGCCCCGAGGCCCGCCGGCUGCAGCGCCUGGAGCAGCUGUGGGACGCCGCCGUCGCGGCCCGCGAGGGCCAGGAGAGGCGAAGCUUCGGCAGCUCGAGGAGAGGUGUGAGCAGAGGCCCGGGCUCGAAGCGAAGCUCCAGCAGCUCGAGCAGAGGCUGCAGCGGGGCCCUGGCAACACGGGCUGGGAGGCGCGUGCCGCGGAGGUG